GUGAUUGUAGAGUCAAGAGAUAGAUUGCUUAGGGCUCUACGCUCUAUGAAUGCUGGGGAUGCUGCUGAUCAAGUAAUCCGCCAAGUUGAUAAAAUGCUAAAAUACAAUGAGCGGGCUUCACGUGAUGCUCGGUCUGGAAAGGAUGAUCACCAGUCAAGCCAACUGCCUGUUUCAGGGGACCUGGUAAGAAAAAGACCUUCACCUCUUGAUGUUGAAGAGUCAGCUAAUGGUCAUGAGAUACCUUCCAAGCGAAGUCGUUAUACUCAUGAAGCCUAUUCAACAUUGCCAGUUCAAAAGAAUGAUUCUGGGUGGGAUACAACUUCUGUAAAUGGAGUGUCCUCUGAGCUUCCUAUGCUAGAUGGUGAGGUGACUCCUGUGGAGCAAAUGAUUACUGUAAUUGGUGCAUUGCUUGCUGAAGGAGAAAGAGGUGCUGAAUCACUUGAAAUUCUUGUUUCGACAAUCCAUCCUGAUCUGUUGGCCGAUAUUGUAAUAACGAAUAUGAGGCACUUGCCGAAGAUGCCGCCACCCUUAGCAAGGCCAGGGCUGCCAGUUGCUCGGCAGAUAGGUUCUUUAAGUAGUUCGGCACAAGUUAUCUCAGAGUCUCCAACAUCAUCUGUGCAGUCUCCAGUUUUGGCUGCCCAAAUGUCUUUUUCUUCAGCAACUGUUAACAGCUUAUCAGUUGCUGAUACUUCCAAUGUGAAUAAUCUUCCCGCUGAUUCCAAGCGUGACCCACGAAGGGAUCCUCGUCGCCUUGAUCCACGGAGUAUAGCAGUUUCUGCUGAACUGGCAUCCUCUCCCGCUGUAGAGGAUACUACUUCUAUGCAAUCUGACAUCGAUGGUUCAGUUUCCUUAAAUAAGCUUAAUUCACAUCCGAUUUUGACCACUGUUGAAUCUACUUUAGUAACUCCCAAUCCCAAAACAGAAAGUGAUGGUAUGAUUUUGGAUGGUCAAUUGGUUUCUGGAACUGACCAACCAACUCCCAUGGAUGAGAUUCUGGAUGGACCUGUCGAAGAUGACCCUACUUUGAAGGUGAAUGUAUCUUCAGAUCUAACAGAUUCUCGUGUGCAAACUGAUGAGGACCUUGAAGCAAUGCCAUUAUCAGAUGUUGGAUUAGCAGAUGAUGAUUAUACCACAUCUUUUAUAGAAUCUGAUCAGCGUUCUCCUGCCCUUUCAAACACAUCUGAAGAGAUAUGUCAGGACCUGCCUGAUGUUCCCAUAUAUAUUGAGUUGACACAAGAGCAGAAACAAAGACUAGGGCAUAUGGCUGUUGAGCGAAUUAUUCAAUCAUACAAGCAUUUGCACGGAACAGAUUAUAGUCAGAUGCGCUUGGCAUUACUAGCUCGAUUGGUUGCUCAGAUUGAUGUGGAUGAUGAAAUUAUUGUGAUGCUGCAUAAACAUAUAGUUGUGGAUUACCAACAGAAAAAGGGGCAUGAGCUAGUAUUGCAUAUCUUGUACCAUCUGGAAGCUCUGGCUCUGUCCGAAUCAGUUGAAAGCUCCACAUUUGCUGUUAUGUAUGAAAAGUUCCUCCUGGCAGUGGCUAAGUGUUUGCUGGAGUCCUUUCCAGCUUCAGACAAGUCAUUUAGUAGACUUCUUGGCGAAGUUCCAGUCCUGCCCAACUCCACUUUGAAACUACUAGAUGAUCUCUGCUAUUCUGAUGUUAUUGAUCAACAUGGAAAAGAUGUUAGGGACACUGAACGUGUCACUCAGGGACUUGGUGCUGUCUGGAGUUUAAUUCUAGGGCGGCCACAAUAUCGACAAAGCUGCUUAGACAUCACUUUGAAGUGUGCUGUUCAUCCACAAGAUGACAUCCGCACCAGAGGUGUCCGACUGGUGGCAAACAAACUCUAUCAGUUGAGUUACAUAUCAGAAGUUAUUGAAAAAUUUGCGACAGAUAUGUUGUUGUCUGCUGUUGAACAGCCUACAUCAGGUAUAGAGCAUUCACAAUCGGAGUCCACAGGGCGAAAAACUGAUGGAACGUUGGGAAGCCAAGAAACAUCAGUUAAUCAUGUGCAAAAUUUGGAGUUCGCAAAUUCUGAAAAUGAUUCCAUAACGAAGGAACGACCAGUGUCAAUGAUGUCAAUUCCUGAAGUUCAGCGACUCAUUUCUUUGUUUUUUGCUUUAUGUACAAAGAAACCUAGUCUUAUUCAACUUGUAUUUAAUACUUACGGGUGUGCCCCACAAGCUGUAAAGCAGGCGUUUGAUCGCAAUAUUCCUGUUCUUAUAAGGGCCCUAGGGUCGUCAAAUACAGAUUUGCUUCACAUCAUAUCUGAUCCUCCGCAAGGAAGUGAAAACCUUUUGAUGUUGGUGCUGCAACAAUUGACUCAAGAGAGAACACCAUCGUCUGAUCUGAUAGGCACUGUUAAACAUUUGUAUGAAACUAAAUUAAAGGAUGUCACAAUUCUCAUUCCAAUGUUGUCUUCACUUACUAAAAAUGAGGUUUUACCUAUAUUCCCUCGGCUUGUUGCCCUUCCAUUAGAAAAAUUCCAGACUGCACUUGCUCACAUACUCCAGGGUUCAGCUCAUACAGGUCCAGCUUUGACUCCUGCAGAAGUGUUGGUUUCCAUCCACAAUAUUGUUCCCGACAAAGAAGGCCUCACACUUAAGAAGAUAACAGAUGUUUGCUCAGCUUGUUUUGAGCAGCGCACAGUUUUCACGCAGCAGGUCUUGGCAAAGGCUUUGAAUCAGAUGGUUGAUCAAACUCCCAUUCCUCUUCUCUUUAUGAGAACAGUUAUUCAGGCAAUUGAUGCCUUUCCUUCAUUGGUUGAUUUUGUUAUGGAAAUACUUUCUAAACUCGUAAGGAAACAGGUUUGGAGAAUGCCAAAGCUUUGGGUAGGGUUCUUGAAAUGUGCUUCUCAAACCCAGCCACAUUCUUUCCAUGUAUUGUUGCAGUUGCCACCCCCACAACUCGAAAGUGCUUUGAACAAGUAUGCGAAUGUCAAAGGUCCCCUCGCUGCAUAUGCUAGCCAGGCUAGUAUAAAAGCUUCGCUCUCUAGACCAACACUUGCAGUUCUUGGUCUUGCAAAUGAACCGCAUUUGCACCAAUCGCAUUUGUCAUCACCACCGUUUCACCCUACAGAUGCAACUUCAUCAACUCCAACAUGAUAGCUUGAGAGCUUUCAAAGUUGGCUACUUUACCGGCGAUGUAUAGUGGAAAUUGGGACUUUGGAUAACUCUGAGCCCUAUUUGGGGGAACAUAAAAACUAACCACGUAAAUGGCGGCUGAUCACUGGGGGUUUUUGACUGCUGAUCAAGCUGAGAUAAAUUUCAGUCAGAGUAGGCAUAUUCUUCAGGAGUAUCAUCGAAGUUUGAAGAGAUGCCCCUGCUGCAACCCCCUUCUCUCAGCUGCUCUGACAAAUGUGUAACAUAAAUGUGUUGUUUUUAAUGCAUUUGUACUUUAUCCUUGUAAAUUUUGGUUGCCAUACUUAAAUAUCAGGUUAAGAAGUUUUAUUUUUGGGUAGUUAGCCGGUGAACUAUAGUCGAGGUUGUAAUUAUAGUUGUUUUUGUAGCUUGAUUACUUUUUUUCUCACCUUGAGUUAUGGCAAGCUAACAACACACCAUAUUCACAUAACACUAUAACCAUGAACACAACCAUGCAAAUAUUGCUGAUCAUGAACACACUAGCUAGUUAAGAAAGGAGAAGAGCUUCACACCUCGUUGUCUCUGGUUGUCUUUAUUGGGAG